AAGGGGGACACCUAUGGGAGUCACAAACUGCAGUGUGUAUUCUUCUCACAAAAACCAGUCCGGUUGAUGUGAAAUGAUGACUUAGCUCAUAGCGUUACAGGUGACUGGAGACAGCUGGUAGCGUCUGGAAGCCGGAAGGGCGCAGCAGACGGACCUAAAAGCGAAUGCGCUGAUGGAGCCGGCACUGUGAGCUGUGAGCUGUGAGCAAGGUGAAUCCCCAACCUGUGAGUGCAGUCCGGGACCAGCGCGUCACCUGAAUGACGGGAUAUGAGACAAUGAAGCAACUAGGGACGACGGGGAUAAAACGAGUCGGACGGACGGCGCAAGGGACAGAGAAGAGGUAAAGCAGAGGAAAGUUAUCUAGCUCAUUAGUAGUGCUCCCGGUGUUGGAUAAGAAAACGACAUUAAAGACAGAACAGAUGUGCAAAGCGUGCAUAAUUCUAUAAACAAAGCAACUGGGGGAAGCUGAUUUUCUUUUUCAAAAGACAAGACCAGAGCCAGAAAGGGAGAAAAUCAUGGAGCCGGAGGGGACCACAGAGGGACAAGCCACUAAUUUGGCGCAAUCUGCCGCCUCCAAACUGUCCCAGAUGGGUGAAAGAACUAAACAACUGGGCAAUGUAAUUCAAGACCCAGUUCGGCAGAAAAGGAUUAUUCUAGUAAUAGUUUGUGUAGCACUUUUGUUAGACAACAUGCUUUACAUGGUAAUUGUGCCAAUUAUACCCGAUUACCUUCAAGGGCUACAGAAUGCAGCGGAUCGUGCCCAAGCUGCUGCACCACACAUCAACUCCACUAACAGCACCAUCAGAGCACCCAAGGGGAACUUCGACCUACAGAUUGGUGUUCUUUUUGCCUCCAAGGCCAUCCUGCAGCUCCUAGUGAACCCGCUAAGUGGCACGUUUAUAGACAGAGUCGGGUAUGAUAUUCCACUCUUCAUUGGUCUCAAUAUCAUGUUUCUCUCCACACUUAUUUUUGCCUUCGCUGAAAACUACGCGACUCUGUUCCUGGCGCGCAGCAUGCAGGGCCUCGGCUCGGCAUUCGCGGACACUUCAGGGAUCGCUCUGAUCGCAGACAGGUACUCAGAGGAGACAGAGAGGAGCAAAGCGCUGGGUAUCGCCUUGGCUUUCAUUUCUUUUGGAAGUCUUGUGGCGCCCCCCUUUGGAGGGGUCUUCUAUGAGUUCGCAGGGAAACGGGUGCCCUUCCUGAUUCUGGCCUGUAUCUGUCUCAUCGAUGGUAUAUUGUGCCUGACUGUACUGAAACCCUUCUCUAACCGAGAGAGAGAAAACAUGCCAGUGGGCACCCCCAUGUAUAAACUGAUGAUUGAUCCUUAUAUAGCUGUAGUGGCUGGUGCUCUGACAAUUUGUAACAUCCCUCUCGCCUUCCUUGAGCCCACUAUCGCCACCUGGAUGGAGGAGAACAUGCAUGCAAGUCAGUGGGAGAUCGGCAUGACAUGGUUCCCUGCCUUCUUCCCUCAUGUUUUAGGUGUAUAUCUCACUGUUAAAUUAGCAGCCAAGUACCCACAUCUCCAGUGGUUUUACGGGGCUAUAGGUAUGGUGUUCAUAGGCGCAAGCUCCUGCACAGUACCAGCCUGCAAAAACUUUGGACAGCUCAUGAUCCCGCUGUGCGGAAUCUGUUUUGGCAUCGCCUUCGUGGACACGGCGCUCCUGCCAACACUGGGUUUCCUGGUGGACGUGCGACAUGUGUCAGUGUAUGGCAGUGUGUACGCCAUCGCAGACAUCUCGUACUGCGUGGCCUAUGCCCUGGGGCCCGUGGUGGCUGGACAGAUAGUGCACGACCUGGGCUUUGUUCAGCUCAACUUGGGAAUGGGCCUCGCCAAUGUACUUUACGCACCGGCGCUCCUUCUGCUGAAGAACGUGACAAAGAUGAAGCCUUCUUUCUCCGAGCGAAAUAUGCUCCUGGAGGAUGGCCCAACGGGACUGUAUGAUACGAUUAAGAUGGAGCAACGAGAGAAGAAGAGAAAGGGUUUGUGCACAACGAUCGACGAGAAUGGCGUUGAAACUUUCGCGCAACGAUCGUAUUCAGAGGAGGAAUCCUCAGGAGGAGAGUAUGCGUAAAAGACCUUUAACUGAGUGUGCAAACUAUCAAAGUGCCCAUGUAGAGUUGUGUGUAUCCUGUCCGAUCCAAUCAAUUGCAUAACACGAUUAGGAUUGUGUAACAACAUAAAUCAUUUACUGUUUCUGGAGACAAUUCCCCCUGGUAUUGUCAAAUCAAGUAGCUUCAAGCUUUUGCAGUAGAAAGGCGCCCGCUGGCGUUUGUUCAUCUUAAAGUGAGAGUAUUGUGAACGAUUUGUUGACAUAAAUGUCUAUUCAUUAACAGUAUUUAUCACUGUAUCAGAAACGGACUCAUAUCAUAUUCAGGGAUUAUGUGUAAAUGUAUUUUAACAAAAGAACAAUUGCAAUGUAUAUGCGUCUUUCAAUGUAAUCUGUAUUCAUUUGAGUUGUGCUGCUAAAUUCAGUAUGCAAUAUUGUGUGUCAAGCGACAGUUUUAGAAAGAUACAACAGAUGGACAUGAACGGAAAUCUGCGUCUUGUUGUCUGUUUAUUUUGUAUGAUGUACUUCUGGAAUGCAUAGCCUUGUUGUAUAUUCUGCGACUGUACAUACAUGUAUAUUCAUGUACAUAAUUAAAUCAAUAUUAUGUGAA